GAGAUGAUAUCGUGUCCCGUUGUGCAAACGACAUAUUUAGCAAUAAAUUACUAAAUAAGCAUUAAGUAAUGACAAUGAGAUUAAAAUCAUAUACGGAGACUCCAUAAUUGCCCCUUUUAAUUGUUAGGUAGAGAAAUCCGAAGUCGGGAAGGUCGGAUUUUCGGAUCAAACAUGCGUAUUGCAACUUGGAAGUAGUUUUUGACAGAUGUGUUGUCAAAUCCGUGUUGUCAACGCGUAUACGUACGACGUGUAAAAUGUUGGUGCGAAAAUGAAUUUAAUUGUAACAGACGGUCUAAAAAGUGAUUUUGAAUUAAAUACGAUUUAACGAACCAGGUGUCAUGUGGCCUACACUGUUAUGAGUUUUUUCGAUAAUCUGUUUAUUAGUUUGUUUAAUUCGCUCGACGUUCUCGACUGAUCGGACUUUUCGGUCUUGAUUUUCUGGGGUUUGUUGAAUAAACCCGCGCGUAAAUCUGUGAUAAAUCGGCACGCGAGUUAUUGUGAUGUUCAGUGUCUUCAAUUAGAGGGGAAAAAUUCUUACGAUGUUCCACGGAAAAUUAAGAAUACACACUUGCAGGGUGAUCCUGCUAACGUCGCUGGUUUGGUUCCUAGUUGAUGUGGUCAUUUUAUCGUUUUAUUCGGAGUGUUUAGGGGGCGGUUGCAAGAAAAACAUUGACGAAAAUAUUGAAGCUCAAAGACUGAUAUCCAACGACUAUGAUAAUGAGGGAAAAAUUGAACUUGUUGUUUCUAGGAAGGCAGAGGAUAGUCCUAGUCAAGGUUCGCACGGAGGAGUGGCGAAGUCCUACGCGCCCGGCACACUGAAGAGAUGGCGGCCGGCGCCCACGGUCGAGCCGAUGGGCAAGAGGCCGGGCGAAAUGGGCAAAGCCGUCCACAUACCGGCCGAUCGUAACGACGAGAUGAAGGAGCUGUUCAAAUUGAACCAGUUCAAUUUGAUGGCCAGCGACAUGAUCUCCCUCAACAGGUCCUUGACGGAUGUCCGCCUCGCGGGUUGUAAAGACAAGAGGUAUCCGAACUUGCUUCCGACAACAUCAAUAGUGAUCGUUUUCCACAACGAGGCGUGGUCGACGUUGCUUAGAACGGUGUGGAGCGUCAUCAACCGAUCACCAAGACCCUUGCUUAAGGAAAUCAUCCUCGUAGACGAUGCCAGUGAACGAGAUCAUCUUGGUAAAAAACUGGAGGACUAUGUCAAAACCUUGCCGGUCAAGGUGUUCGUUCUGCGGACACACAAACGAUCCGGAUUGAUAAGGGCGCGAUUGCUCGGCGCCAAACACGUAACCGGACAGGUGAUAACGUUCCUGGAUGCUCACUGCGAGUGUACCGAAGGCUGGCUGGAACCCCUACUCGCCAGGAUCGUCGAGAAUAGGAAGACUGUAGUUUGUCCGAUCAUCGACGUCAUUUCCGACGAGACGUUUGAGUACAUUACCGCUUCAGACAUGACCUGGGGCGGCUUCAACUGGAAACUGAACUUUAGAUGGUAUCGGGUACCACAACGGGAAAUGGACAGGAGGAACGGGGACAGAACCGCUCCGUUACGAACGCCAACAAUGGCAGGAGGUUUAUUCUCGAUAGACAAGGACUAUUUCUACGAAUUGGGCUCCUACGAUGAAGGCAUGGACAUUUGGGGCGGCGAAAAUCUUGAAAUGAGUUUUAGGGUGUGGAUGUGCGGCGGUCAGCUGGAAAUUGCGACGUGCUCGCACGUCGGCCACGUGUUCCGCAAGUCGACACCGUAUUCGUUUCCGGGCGGCACCAGUCGUAUCGUCAACCACAACAACCGCCGUCUGGCCGAGGUCUGGCUCGACCAGUGGAAGGACUUCUACUAUAACAUUAACCCAGGUGCACGAAACGUAGAAGUCGGAGAUGUGACAGCAAGAAAGGAAUUGCGAGAGAAGUUGAAAUGCAAGAACUUCAGGUGGUACCUGGAAAAUGUGUAUCCAGAGUCCCAGAUGCCAUUAGAAUAUUAUUAUCUGGGUGACAUUCGCAACAUGGCGACGAGGAACUGUCUGGAUACGAUGGGCCGGAAAUCCGGCGAGAACCUUGGCAUGACUUACUGCCACAAUUUGGGCGGCAAUCAAGUAUUUGCCUACACGAAACGACAACAAAUCAUGUCGGACGACAACUGUCUGGACGCCAGCAACAAGAGGGGACCAGUCAAAUUGGUCCGUUGCCACGGAAUGGGUGGCAACCAGGCCUGGGUCUACGACGAUGUGGAAAAGACAAUAAAACACGUGAACACGGGCAGCUGCCUACAAAAACCCGACGAUCACGAUGUGAACCUGCCGCUGUUGCGGCCGUGCAAUUUCGACGAGGGACAACAAUGGAUCAUGGACAGCGACUUCAAGUGGCAGGCGCGCAACCACCAGAACGACAGAUAGGAGGAGCGUCCGCUGGUGGCGCCUCCUCAUGUGUGAUAAAGGUCACCCGCAGUCGCCCCGCCAAACGAACUUGUAACGCGUGAAUUUUAAGACAAUAGUUAGUUAUGCCCCGUUUAAAACGGACAGUGGGUAAUUGUGUAAAUAAAUUGGUUAGGACUGUGAGCAAUAGAAGGUUGAUUUUUAGAUGAAGGGGUGAGUUUUGGUCCGAGACCAAAAUUAACAACGCAUAAUGUAUAAUUUUCGUAUAUAAUCUGGAACUAACAGGGUAGCUGAUGUUUUUUUUAAUUAUCAAAUUAAGUAAAUUUGAUGUUGAAUCUCUUAUUAUGUUACUCAUAUUUGCAUUUUAGUUUAUAGUCAAUAACCAUGUGCGAUUGUAGAUCUGUUGAUUAAAACUCACCUUUUAAAAUAAUCUAAAAUAUAAAUAAUUAUAUUAAUAAUCCUUAGCGGUUACUAAGGGUCAUUGAUGGACCUAACAUUAUUUUAUUCCAUAUUCCAAAUUAUAUUUAUAUUUAUUUUAAAUAUUCAAAAAAUUUUAUUUUUUUAUUACUUUAUUUAAUAUAACUAGAUUCCACCAAAUUAGUAAGACAUUUAUUCAAUGAAUAGUUCAUUUACAUCAAAAACGGAUAGAAUCCUAAAACAUGACGUGAUUUGUAAAACAUGGAUGUGAUCAUCUUACUUUUUUGGCAAUUUACAAAUAUUAACUUUUAUUUUUACAAAAUAUUUAAUAACAGUCUUGUCAUUCCAAUAUGUGUAUAACUUGCUGAUAUGUACAGUGUCUCACUAUAGGUGAAACUUUUUAAUAAAUCACUUCAUAACUGUUGCUCAAGGAAAUAAUCUUUAAAAUGUAGCGUACAGAUUGUGUGCAAGACAAUCCACGAGAUAAUAUAGCUUAUUGUUCUUUGCCGGACAAAUUUUGUCUUGCAAAAUCAAUAUUUUCUAUAUUUUAAACAUUGUUCAACUGAGACACAUUUUACAAUAUGUAGAAUACCGACUGCCAUUUGUAAAUAUAGAGAUAGAAUGACCAAACAUUCGAGUACUUUGAUAGGAAUUAGCUGAGAUGACGUGUGAAUGGUAAAGUUUAGAUCAAAAACUUAUUAUAUUUUGGUUUAUAAAUUUAUUAAUUAGAUAAUUAUUUUUUCAUGUAGUUGUCAAUGACUUUACAGGGUGUUUGAGUGGGUAUUAAAUUUAAUGGGUUUUUGUAUCCUUUGAAUUUAGUUCAGUGCUAGCGAAUUUCUGGUUUAACCUGCCACUUGUGAUUUCUACAUAUCUAAAAGUUUUCUUUAAAUGAUUUGUUAAAAUUCACGUACUAACUUGUUAUGAGUUAACGCAGACUUCCAGCAUAUCAUUGAGUAAUAAGCAGUGAAUAUCAUUACUUCAGGCUUGAAUCAUUUUUUCUAGUGUAUUUGAAGACUGAAGAUGUAAAAUAUUUGUACCACACAUGGUAUAUAUGUGCUUUUACCUUAUAAUUUUUCCACUAUAAUCUUCUCAGUGUGCAUCUAGAGGGUGUGUCUGUUUUAAGGCAACAAAAUUCAUAGACAAAGCGUUUUAGGAUUUGAUAUUAAAUUUAUAUAACUUCCACGUUUAUUUACGAUUUUAAUAUGAGCUUCCUCUAGAUUUUAUCUCACUGUUAUAAUACCAUUGACUGUUUUUAUAAUGGAGAUUUUAAAUGCCAAGAGUCUUGUGUGGUGGUUAUUUUCAUUGUUUUUGCUCAUAUUUAUUGUUUUGUAUUUAAGUUUUAUGUAAUUGAUUUUAAUAUGUAUUCUAAAAAUUGUAUAAAGUAAAUGUUUGUAUAAUUUGCCUUAAACACAUAUCGUACAAUGAAAUUGUUUGAUAUUUUAUUUAAUAUAUCAGAAAUGUUUAUAGAAUUUUUUGUAAAUUAAAAAAAAAGAUUUAUAGGCUAGGUGGUGGUGCAAUCCGUAGCUUAUUCUAAAUUAAUUAUAAUAAAGUUAAUAUUUAAUAAAA